AUGUUGAUGGAACUCUCUGUGACUCUGAUCCCAUCCACCUUAUCGCCUUCCAACAACUCCUCCAACAGAUUGGUUUUAACAAUGGUGUACCAAUCGACGAGAAGUUCUUUAUUGAGAACAUUGGUGGCAAACACAACUCUGAGAUUGCUCUUGCUCUCUUCCCUGAUGAUGUUGCUAGAGGGUUACAGUUCUGUGAGGAAAAAGAAGCUCUUUACCGCAAGUAAGUCAAGUUUCUCUGUUUUUCUUCUUUAUCAUUUCACGAAACUUGUCUCAUUCUUUUUGAGUUUGUUGAUUAGACUUGUAGCAGAGAAGAUAAAGCCACUUGACGGGCUUAUAAAACUAACCAAAUGGAUAGAGGAACGUGGACUGAAACGAGCUGCUGUCACAAACGCUCCAAAAGAAAACGCAGAGCUCAUGAUAUCUAAACUUGGUCUGACUGAUUUCUUCCAGGCAGUGAUUCUUGGUUCUGAAUGUGAGUACCCCAAACCACACCCUGGGCCUUACUUGAAGGCUCUUGAAGUGCUUAACGUGUCAAAGGACCACACGUUGGUUUUCGAGGACUCGGUCUCUGGGAUAAAAGCUGGAGUUGCAGCUGGAAUGCCUGUGGUUGGACUAACUACAUGUAAUCCAGCAAGCAUGCUGAUGCAAGCAAAACCGGCUUUUCUGAUUGAGAACUAUGCGGAUCCAAAACUGUGGGCUGUGUUGGACGAACUUGAUAACAAGGGGAGUUCUCAAAAGUCCUGA